CUCUUACACGGGAAGGGGCAGCUUUGAUUCUGAUUCGAUACUUAUGUUGCCCAAUUACUCAACCUUUUGCUCUUUAUUUCGGCAAAUUCCUUUAUCCAAUUAACAAGCAAUUCGGAUUCCUGUAACUAUAACCAAUAUUUUUUCCGAAAAAACUGUGUCCCAGUUUUUAGUUCUGAAAGUCUUUACAGGUCUAGCGAACCUAAUCACAUUUUGAUUGACGUUAGUGAACAGCAAUUACCUGGAAGUCCUCAAUGCCGAGAAAACGCUCAUACCCAUCCCAACAGACUCAUCGACGGGCUCCACGACAUCUACUUAAUGUUGAUGCUGAAAUGAACAGAGAUCUACCGAGCGACCUUGAAAGAGAUGAGAAUUUUGAAACUGGAACUGAGGAGGAAGAGGAGGAAGAGAUUAGUACUGAUGUUUCUAGAAGGGCUGCAAGCAUGCAACCUGACUUGUACAUGGCUGCAAAGCGUGGGGACACUGACUUCAUCAAAAAUCUUAAAGCCGAGGAUUUGGAAGGUCCUGUUUUGUCCCAAAAAACUCCCCAAUUGAAUACAGUCCUUCAUAUUGCUGCAAGCUUAGGUCACUCUCAGCUUGUGGAAGCGAUGCUUGAAAACGACCUUGGCUUUUGGAUGGUGCAAAACUCUGCUGGUGAACUUGCUUUCCAUGUAGCUGCAUGUUGUGGGCAAUUGUCCACGUUAAAAAAAUUGGCCUCUGUCUCUGGUAGUGAAUUUCUGGUGAUUCAGAAUAAUGAAGGGAAUACUGCCCUUCACCUGGCCUUGAUAAACAAAUACAGAGAAGUGGAUUUGGUUUUGAAAACUAAGUACAGUGAGAUCGCUGGUUUCUUGGUUGAAACAAAUCCAAAAGUGUCAUAUUGUCCGAAUGAGGAGCACAAAUCUCCUCUAUAUAUGGCAGCCGAAGCAGGGGAUGCGGAAAUGGUGAAGCUCAUGAUAGAAAAAGCAGAUGGAAUUAAUAUGGCCAUGGUAGAAGGAGGAGGUAGAGUUCUGGAGGAUUUUGAGGAAGUCAAAUUAAUUGCUCACGCUGCCAUUACUGGAAGGAACAUAGAUGUGUUGGAUAGUGUUAUGAGUGAAGGUCCACAUCGCAUUAAAGAUAGAGACAGCAAGGGCAUGACACCUCUUUCCUAUGCAGCAUACAUAGGAUACCUUGAAGGGGUUCGCUACUUGUUAAACAAAUUUGCAGAUUACACGUAUGAAAGUGACCGGAAUGGCUUCUUUCCAAUUCACACAGCAUCCAGUAGAGGACAUAUCAAGAUAGUUCAAGAGUUUAUCCAAAGAUGUCCAGAUUCGGUUGAGUUGCUCAACCAUCAAGAUCAAAACAUUUUGCAAGUAGCUGCUAUGAGUGGGAAAGCCAAAGUGGUAAAUUAUAUGCUCAAAAUGCCUGAACUUGAAAUGCUUAUCAAUGAAAAAGAUGUAGAUGGAAACACAUCUUUACAUUUGGCCUCCAAGGGUCGGCAUCCUAAGGUCGUGAGCAUUCUGACAUGGGACAAAAGAGUUGACUUAAAGUUGUUGAACGAUGAAGGCAAGACAGCUCUCAACAUUGCGGGAAAGUAUAGUGGGAAGAUGCCCUCGUUUAGAGAGCGAUUAACGUGGUUAGCCUUGAGAUACGCCAGCGUCGAAUCACAUGCUCCUAGUCCAAGCAUGGACAAGGAUAAGGAAACCAUCACUAAGAACUCACAAAGCUCAAAGCCAAGGCAGACACCCAACAUGGACAAUUACAAGGAUAGGGUCAACACUCUAUUGUUGGUUGCAACACUUGUGGCCACUGUAACCUUUGCUGCAGGUUUCACUGUGCCAGGCGGCAACGAUGACUCUGAUCCACACAAAGGCAUGGCAAAAUUCCUUAGACACCACUUGUUCCAAGUAUUCAUUAUCAGCAACACCAUAGCUAUGUAUAGUUCUGUUACUGUUGUUGUUGCACUCAUCUGGGCACAAUUAGGUGAUCUUAACUUGGUUAUUGCUUCCCUUAAGUUUGCCGUGCCAAUAUUGGGACUAGCUCUUGUUAUGGUCUCCUCAGCAUUCAUGACUGGUAGUUAUUUAAUGGUGAGAGGCCUCCACUGGCUUGCUUCUAUCGUUUUGAUCAUUGGAUCAUUCUUCCUCCUUAUCCUCACGUUACUAUUUUUUCCACUAUGUUUGCCAAGUUCCUUACUGUAAGGUUGAAUUUAUUCA